UUGGCGCUCUCCAUUUUCAUUAAAAAUACGAUUUCAAGAUGGCAGCGCCCGGUGCACUCGUCAACAAAAAGCGUCGAGAAUUCAUGAACAUGCCCGCUCCAUUGGGCUAUGUUCCUGGAUUGGGUAGAGGAGCUACUGGAUUCACAACUCGAUCUGAUAUUGGUCCAGCCAGAGAAGCCAAUGACAUCAGUGAUGACCGUCAUCCGGCCCCUAAGAAGAAAAAGAAGAAAGAUGAUGACGAUAACAGUGACGAUGAAGAUCUGAAUGACAACAACUUUGAUGAGUUCACAGGCUAUGGUGGUGGUCUCUUCAACUCUGGACCUUACGAGAAGGACGACGAGGAAGCCGAUGCCGUGUACGAUGCAAUCGACAAACGUAUGGAUGAGAAACGCAAAGAGAGAAGGGAGAAGCGUCUCAGGGAAGAAAUUGAGAAGUACCGUCAGGAAAGGCCUAAGAUUCAGCAGCAGUUUUCAGAUCUCAAGAGAAAGCUGGUUGAGGUGACGGAAGAUGAUUGGAACAGUAUUCCAACCGUAGGUGAUGCCCGUAACAAACAUCAGAGAAAUCCAAAGGCUGAUAAGAUCACUCCAGUACCGGACAGUUUCUUGGCCAAGCAUUCCCUGGGCCAGGGUUCCUCUACCACCAUGGAUGCACAGGUGCAGAAGGGCAUCAAGACCCCCUACUCAGGCAAGAUGACACCAGGCAUGUUAACCCCAUCAGGAGGAGAGUAUGAUCUUAGGAAGGUGGGCGAGGCAAGGAACACGCUCAUGGGUGUCAAGCUUAACCAGGUUUCAGACUCUGUGGAUGGACAGACUGUCGUCGACCCCAAAGGUUACUUGACCGACCUUCAGAGUAUGCUGCCCUCAUAUGCCGGCGACAUCUCGGACGUGAAGAAGGCCAGGCAGUGGCUGAAGGCUGUUCGAGAGACCAACCCUAACCACCCUCCAGCCUGGAUUGCGUCAGCUCGUCUUGAAGAAGUGACAGGUAAGCUGCAGGCAGCUAGAAACACCAUCAUGAAGGGCACAGAGGUAUGCCCUCGUAGCGAAGAACUCUGGCUGGAGGCAUCGAGGUUACAGCCUGGAGACACAGCCAAAGCAGUGAUAGCUCAGGCAGUGCGCAACCUUCCUGACUCUGUACGUAUUUGGAUUAGAGCAGCAGCGAUAGAAGUAGAUACCGGGGCAAGGAGAAAGGUCUACAGAAAAGCUUUGGAACAUGUGCCCAACUCUGUAAGGCUAUGGAAAGCUGCUGUGGAACUGGAAGAACCAGAAGAAGCCAAGAUCUUGCUCAGUAGGGCUGUAGAAUGCUGUUCAUCUAGUGUGGAGUUAUGGCUAGCCCUUGCCAAGUUGGAACCUUAUGAGAACGCCAGGCGCGUGCUCAACAAGGCCAGAGAGAACAUUCCCACAGACAGAAAAAUCUGGAUUUCUGCUGCCAAACUGGAGGAAGCCAACAAUAACAUGGUCAAUGUGAUGAAGAUCAUUGAUAGAGCAAUCACAUCUCUGAAAGCUAACAUGGUAGAGAUCAACAGGGAACAAUGGAUUGAAGAUGCAGAGGAGUGUGAGAAAGCAAGCAGUGUGGGUACAUGUCAAGCUAUCAUUCAAGCGGUGAUUGGAGUAGGCAUUGAAGAUGAAGACAGAGAGACAACAUGGAUGGAUGAUGCCGAUAGUUGUGCAAGCCACGGAGCCCACGAGUGUGCCCGAGCUAUCUACGCUCAUUCUCUCACACUCUUUCAAAGCAGAAAGAAGAUUUGGAUGGAAGCUGCUUAUUUUGAGAAGAACCAUGGCACAAGGGAGUCUUUAGAGACCCUUCUUCAGAAGGCUGUAGCUCACUGUCCCAAGGCUGAAGUGCUAUGGCUCAUGGGUGCCAAGUCUAAAUGGAUGGCAGGUGAUGUGCCUGCUGCUCGUCGUAUCCUGGCCUUAGCCUUCCAGGCCAAUCCGAACAGUGAAGAGAUCUGGCUGGCUGCUGUCAAGCUAGAGAGCGAGAACAAUGAAGACGAGAGAGCCAGGAGGCUGCUAGCAAGGGCCAGAGAUAGCGCCCCUACUGCUAGGGUGAUGAUGAAGUCUGCCAAGUUAGAAUGGCAGUUGGGAUGUCAGCAGAAAUCCUUAGAGCUACUGGCUGUAGGCGUCAGGGAGUAUGGUGACUUUGCUAAGCUCUGGAUGAUGAAAGGACAUAUAGAAGAAGAGCUAGGGAACAAGGAAGAGAGUAGGAAGACAUACACUCAGGGUAUGAAGAAGUGUCCCAGGUCCAUCCCACUGUGGCUCUUGGCCGCCAGGCUGGAGGAGAAAGUGGGCAACUUGACCAAAGCCAGAGCUAUCAUGGAGAAGGCCAGACUGACCAAUCAACAGUGUGCUGAUCUGUGGCUGGAGGCUGUGAGGAUUGAGAACAGGGCAGGCAAUAAAGCCAUUGCACUUUCUACAAUGGCAAGAGCAAUGCAAGAAUGUCCCACGUCGGGUAUCUUAUGGGCGGAAUCGAUCUUCAUGGAGGCUAGACCGCAGAGGAAGACAAAAAGCGUUGAUGCUCUCAAGAGAUGUGAACACGACCCUCAUGUACUACUAGCUGUCUCCAAGUUGUUCUGGAGUGAGCGUAAGCUGACCAAGGCAAGGGAGUGGUUCACCAGGACGGUGAAGAUUGAACCAGACCUGGGUGAUGCCUGGGCUUACUUCUAUCGCUUUGAACUGCUCUAUGGAAACGAGGAGCAACAAAAGACCGUACGAGACAGGUGCAUCCUGGCCGAGCCUCACCACGGGGAGACGUGGUGUGCCGUCUCCAAGGGCAUUGAGAACUGGAGGAAGAAGACCGAUGAAAUCUUACCCAUCGCCGCAGACAACGUUGUUGUUCCUUGAAACCUUGUCUCUUGUGAUCUUAUCUGGACAGUAUCUUCUUAGCAGAGGCGCCCUCAAUGAUAAUAAUAAUAAAAGCGUUACUUAUAAAGCGCUUACCACCAAAGUCUCAAGACUUUUUUUCUCUACAGGGCGCUUUUAACUUUCCCAGAAGACAAAGAGAUGCCCUAAAAUGGAAAAGAUUAGGGACUACUUUGAAUAAUGGAGAAUGUUUCAGAUCUUUCAGGGAUCACAAUUGCCCUUUGCAUUUUGUUUAGGAAGUGCUAAUGCGAAAUGUGAUCAAGCGAUUUACGAUUGUCACCCAAGUAACAUUAUACUGCAUCAAUUUCAAUGAUCAUGUUUAGUUCUUAUCGCAGUGAAAAUCAUAUUUUUAGAGAAUCCGUAAUGAAUCUAAAUCUGAGUUUUUAUUUACUACAUGUAGUGAAAGGGAAUCAUAGUGUAAGGAGGGGUUGUCAGAACCCCCUUAAUAUCACCUGGCCGAUGUGCACUUACGUGACUCAGAAUAAGUAUACAGGGAUAUGUGUAGAGUGCUACUAAUGUUUAAUUCCAGAAAUAAAAGGUAAUCAAUGAUAUUUUUGCCUGGAUAGAUCAGUAUCUCUCACAUGGAAUUUAAGCUGCGCUGUUCCUGAAUUUUUCAUAUUUCCACAAAACAAGCCAGUGACAAUAGACAUAUUUGUACAUGUAUUUGUAUGAUAUUUGAGACUGAAUGGCAAAUAUUUCUGUUUGAUAUCAAGCUAUACAUUUUUUUUCUUCAAAAUUUCUUUUAAAUUCAGUCAAUUUACUAAAAAAAAUUAUACAUGUAAUUGUAAUAAUUGUAACCAUAUGCAUAGCACACAAUGUUAUAUUUGCAAAAGUGAGUUUUGCUUUUCAGAAGAUGCAAAUUUCCUGGAAGUUUACUUAACUAGGUACAAAUAAUCUUCUUUUGGAUGAUGAACUAUUGAGAAUCACCUUUCUUUGUGUGUGUUACUAAGUCGCUUUUUAUUUUUUGUAUUUGUUCUGAAUUCUACUUGGUUAUGAUAGUGGUUUUGUAUCAUGUUAAUGUUUUCUUCUUCAAUUUUGUACAUGUCAGAUUCGAAUCUGAUGAAGUUGAAAUUCAUGUGUACUUGGAAUUCAGUGAGAUGAACAUGUUUGCUGUAAAUAUUAUAAAUACUGUAUCAUCCAUAUA